AGCCGAAGGCCAGAAGGGCCCGGAUUCGGAACCGGAUGUUGCUUGGUUCUCCUGUGCGGAGUGUGGGGGAAAUGGCCACGGGGACGGACCAGGUGGUGGGACUUGGCCUCGUCGCCGUUAGCUUGAUCAUCUUCACCUACUACACCACCUGGGUGAUUCUCUUGCCAUUCAUCGACAGCCAGCAUGUCAUCCACAAGUAUUUCCUGCCCCGAGCUUAUGCUGUUGCCAUCCCACUAGCCGCCGGCCUCCUGCUGCUCCUGUUUGUAGGAGUGUUCAUCACCUGUGUGAUGCUGAAGAACCAGAAGGUGGCCAAAAAGGCUCAGUGAAGGCCCAGCGGGGACGAGGCUGCCUGCCCCUUCUCUGUUUCCCUCCAGGGCAUACCAAGAGGGGGCGCCCACAGGACCUGCCCAGGCCCUGUGGCCUCCUCUAGCCUGGCCGCCCUGCAGAUACCCCUGGGGAAUGGAGCUGUUCAGAGCUCACCCCUGACUGACUAGAGCCCCCACUCCCUUGCUCACCCUUCCAGAAGCCAGGAGGGAGGAGUACCUGGAAGUUUCCCGCUUUCCACCUUCUGGCUCGGGGCCUGAAAGAUGCUGGUCCUCCCUACCUCGCCUUCAGACUCCGUCACUUUUUCCUCUUAGUUCUACCCUCUUGCCUCAGUUUCCCUCCUGUCACAAGCCAAUAUUGGACUUGGCAAGUUCUGAGACAUCACCUGAUCUCUCUCCACAUGUCUUCCUCCUACUGGAUCAUCACUGUGCUAGACACAGGAUAAAGCUUUCCCAGGUCUGACGGAGCCCCAGACCCCACAGGACUUCUGGACUUGGAAGGCCUAGGGAGAGGACUGACAGGCUCAAGGACCACCAGCAGGCCUCAGGGCACAUUAGAGUGUCCACACCAGACCCCAGACCUGCUGCUCCUCAUGGAGGCCCAGCCCCUCAGCCCUAGCACCAGCCCGUUGGGGAGAGCUGAACAAUAAACAUUGAUGGUGUGUUUGUC